AAUUUCCAAUCCGAUCAGUCACUAAUUCUAAUAUUCAUUUCCCGAUUUUGCGAAAGUAGUUGCUAACGUUAACCUCUAUGAAAUAAAUUUCCAUGCAGGUUUAAAUAUUACUGACUCUACAUAACCAAACAUAACCUAACCAGUUCCGAACCGAAUACGAGUCACGCGCAGUCACGCGUUAGCUCUGUGUUUGCAAAUAGCUCUAACAUUAAAAUUAGCAUGGCACAAGGUAAACUCAAGGUAAAAUCGAAGCUACCACCCUCGUCAAAGACGAAGUCGAAUAAAAAAGCAAAGGGUCCACCGGUUCACCGAAGAGAUAAUGCGCCCGUCAAAGCGAAGAAAACAAAGCUUCAAGAAGCGCACAAGUUGAAACAAAUGAUUUCAAAGAAUGUUAAUAAAUCAGUGGAGACUGAACUUCGACAGAGGGCUUUAAAUGGGAAGCAAUCAUUGACGAAGAAAGACGCUAAGCCGACGACGGAAAAACGACAUACCAAGUGAUUUCUGUAACAAACUCAUCCCAAGGAGAAGAAAAACUCAUCGAACCAGGAUUUACCUGCUGACAGGAGUGAGGACAGGGUGGCCAGUUGUUGUUUAAAACACCCUGCGGAAGACUUCUCGAUAGCCUUAGAAGCCACUGAGCCUUCGCUAGCUCGAUAAACGCCACGUUCUCCUCAUUAGGCGGCCCAUUUCGCGUGAUAAAUCCCUUGAUGAACCUGUGACAAUUAAAACACUCUAAGAAAACGGACACCCUCACAAUCUUUGAUUAAAAAUAAAAAAAUAAAACAAAACCACAGAAAGUAAAGCUUGCCAAAUAAAAAUCUUAAAUGAAA